CACUAUCCCUCAUACCACGUGGCGAGGGUACCUAGCCUGCUGUCACCGAGGCCCCGUCCAUCCCGCACGCUGAUUGGUCGCUGGGCGUACUGGAGGCAGCAGGCCAGUGUGAGUGGUGCUGCGGGUCAGUCAGCAUGGAGCUGCCGGUCCAGGAAGGCUGGUUCCGGGAGACUUGUAGCCUAUGGCCUGGGCAGGCCAUGUCUCUGCAGGUGGAGGACGUGCUGUACCACAAGCGCUCCAACUUCCAGGACAUCCUGGUCUUCAAGAGCAAGACUUAUGGCAAUGUGCUGGUCCUGGACGGGCUGAUACAGUGCACAGAGCGAGAUGAGUUCUCCUAUCAAGAGAUGAUAGCGAAUCUGCCACUCUGCAGUCACCCAAACCCACGCAAGGUGCUGAUUAUCGGAGGAGGAGAUGGGGGUGUGCUGAGAGAAGUGGUGAAGCAUCAGUCUGUGGAGUCUGUUGUGCAGUGUGAGAUUGAUGAAGAUGUAAUAAAUGUCUCUAAAAAUUACCUCCCGGGCAUGGCAGUGGGUUACUCCAGCCCAAAGCUCACCUUACACGUGGGUGACGGCUUCCAGUUCAUGAAGCAGAACCAGGAUGCGUUUGACAUUAUCAUCACAGACUCCUCUGAUCCUGUAGGUCCUGCGGAGAGUCUCUUUAAAGAGUCUUAUUACCAGCUGAUGAAGACAGCGCUUCGAGAGGGCGGGAUCCUCUGCUGCCAGGGCGAGUGCCAGUGGCUUCACCUUAAUCUGAUAAAGGAGAUGCACCAGUUCUGCAAGUCUCUUUUCCCCGUGGUGGAAUACGCUUACUGCACAAUCCCUACGUAUCCCAGCGGGCAGAUCGGAUUCAUGCUGUGUAGCAAAAACCCUAGUACCAGCUUCCGGGAGCCUGUGCGCCAGCUCUCGCAGGAACAAGUGGACGCAAUGAACCUUCGAUAUUAUAACUCCAGUGUUCACCGAGCAGCAUUUGUAUUGCCCGAGUUUGCACGGAAAGCACUCAGCGAUGUGUGACGCAGCCAGUGGAGCCGUCUCUUUUGGGAACGUUUUAAUCAGAGAGUACAAUCCUCUCAUGAGCACGGGAAGCAGGACCUGACACUAGUGGUUACUGGCUUCAUUCCAUUGCUGGGAACUGUAUUUACCUCUCAGGCUUACUCUAUGGGUACAAUACCAUGUAUUACUUAAGUGCCUAAGUUACGCUAAGCUGCUAUAAAGAACUGGUGUUAAAUCUAUUUAAAUAAACGUGCUGCCUCUGCCUGAUACGCUCUCUGUAUUGUGCUAGGCGCAAGCUGUUGCUGCAGUGCCGGAAAGUUCUGCGGAUAAUUCCAGCUGCUGGGAGGUUUUGAUUAGAAAUAAAUAAGAUCGGAGGAUCAGACAGAAGUGCACGGUUUACUACAGAAGCAUCAUUUGACUUUAGUAAAACAUCUGAUUUAGUUUGUACUAGUUCUUCAUUACAGCUUAUUAUAACAACGGUAAUCCCAUGUCCCUUUAUCCCUUCAUCCCUCCAGCUGAAAGGGUUAAACUGGAGCUGCCUCGACUUGUAACCCUUUCACUACCAGUUAUAUCAGUAUAUAUCCUCAUGUACCUGUAUAUUUAAUAUCAAGACUCCUCCAUAAGACAGACCCUGAUGCUGCUAAACCCACCCUCUUCUCUUUGCCCAAGUCACUAGCAUCACCCAUGAUGGUCAUUAGGUUGGGACAAGGGCCAGUGCGAAGAAUUAUUUUAACCCCACCCCCAUUACGCCUGUUUUAUGUAUGAUUAUAUAUAGACCGAACUGAAGCGCUGCUGGCCUAAGACGCUACAGUCUGAUUUACAAAGUCUGUAAUUGUAUCAGUUUGGUGAUGGAGUAAACCUAAUCACGUGUUUUAAGUACUUCAGAGAGCAUGAAAACCAAAAGUCUAAUACAGAGGAACAGUUAAGUGUUAAAUGUUUGUGUUAAUUUUUUUGUUUUGUUUCAAAAAAGGUUAAAGGGACAUUAAACUCAACAUCCGUUUAAAAUGUUUAGGCAAAUACAAAACCAAGCAUUGUUCCAUCAGUAUUUGUCCUGCAUACUUGCGUAUGCUAGGCAGGUAUUGGUCAGAGCAGUGCACACACAGCACGUUUUUUUGUUAGGGAUGUAUACAUGGACUAUUCUGGAACUUUUUUCUAGUAAAAUUACCAUUUUAAAUGUUUGUUUUUAAAAUUAUGUAUUUUUGUUUAAUGCUAAUUGUGACGGAUACCCCGACUGAGUAGCUCCACCAAACGGGUCCUGCUUCCUCCCUGCCGACUGCAGCUAUGUAGCUGGCAAGUGACCACAGCCUGUAGCCACCCCUGAUGCCCGACAGCACCAUUACUCAGGGUCCCACCCUGUGGCAGACUCUGGCUACCCAGACUAGGUAGCUCUGCCAGAGGGUCCUUCUGCCUGGAACAGGCUGCUAUGUAGCCCAGGAAAGUGAUUCUAGCAGGAGCCCACACAAAUAACUAGACAGACUAGCAUUCAGGUGAAACAAGAACUGAUUUUAUUGAGAAACACACAACUCAUCUUGAUAAGACGCUGGACAAUGCCCCAAUUUUCCCGCCAUUCCCGCCCCUACAGACAGGCUGGCACCUCCAUAGAAGCCACAGGCCCAGGACCCAGGGGUGGCAGUUUCGGGGUGAUCCCGGUGGAGCGGCGGCACUUCCAGGGUGUCAUUUUAAAACUCUCUGUCCCCAGAUGCCACAGUCCAAAAAUCAGCAUGAUUCGUUACUGGGGACCGGAGUUAGUCCGUUGAAGUUAUGGGGUUAGGGGUGUCCAAAACCCCUGGUUCCCAAAGGAGCUCCCCUCCGGUAAUUCCCCCCACCUCUUGUCCUCCCUAGGGGCUACUAAUCCCCGCAAGAGCGGAGCUCUGGGGCACAUGGUUGCUGGAGCGACCAGUGGUAAAGUUAGCGGGUGUCCUGUGGCCGACCGAGAGUUCCAGGUGCCUGGCCAGCCUGAGAGGAGUUAGUCGGGUGUCCGUUGUGAGGUGGCCGACAGGGAGUUCCAGGAGCCCAGCCAGCCUAGGAGGGUUUUCCUUAUACACCAGCUCUUCACAAAACAAGCAAACAAAAGCUUCCAGAGAUUGUGGUUGCUCUGAGGAGCCCAAAACCACUGAGAAACGGGUGAGGUUGUAAGGGGGGUGGGGGGGGUAGCCUUAGCUGUCUGGUAUCCGUGACAUCUCCCCCACUCCAGUUCGGCAGUCCUGGCUAGACCCUUAACGGGUCAGCCUGGGGCUGUCUGACGGUGGCCCUCCACUUCUCGGUUGCUGGGAGAGGUUCUCAUCUCUCCAGAGCUUGGGGCAUCCUGGGGGGUUCCCUAGGCGCAGGGAUAGUCACAUAAGGCAAAGUCCCGAACAAGUUUGCUAAGGCCGGCUCCCAAACAAUUGCUGUCCCACAAGUUCCGGUGUCCUUAAGUUCCAUGGCCACACUGCUUCUCUCUGUGACACUCUGUUUAGUACCUGCUGACCCACCCCAGACCGGAGUGGGAGGUUGCUCCUUGGUGGGGCAGGCAAAGCUCGGGUGCCCAAACAUGUGGCACCAAUUGUAUAAGCUUUUAUCCUCCUUGCCUAAUUCAACACCUGCCCCCGGUGAGAAAUACUCUGGGACAAGAAAAGGGUAGAGACCCUGCCAAGCUACUGAGGGGAGAGACCGUCUGUCUCUUAUCCCGAGAAGGAGAUCUACCGCUGGGGAGGGAGGUCUCAGGGGAUGGCACUGCCGCUGGGGAGAGAGACCGACUGUCUCCUCUCCCAGGAAGGGGUUCUGUGUAAGAGGAGGGAGGACGCCUACCUCCUCUCCCUUGUUUCCUGGAGCUGUUACAGGUGCUGGCUGAUGCCGGCGGCUCUCUGUUCUGUUGCCAGCGCUUCUGCUGUGGUGGCUCCCUGGUCCAAGACCAUAAGCUUGGAGCCAGACUGCUGAUCGGGAUCCAGCAGCUCUGCAUAUGCCAGUUCCCAUUCCUGGACAUUCAUAAAAUUCAGAUCGGCUUCAAGCCAAGGCACUUCCGAGAGAUCCAACAGUCUGUCUCGGUACCUGCAAAUUUCAGCCAGUCUUUCGUCCGUCUUAUCCCCAAAGUCGGGGUCCUUUAGCAUCUUUUCAAAUAGUAAUCCCGGGCCGCCAAAGCCCUCUGUGGGGUAGACCUCCUCUAGCUAUGACCGCACAUGCAUAGCAUACCACUGGAGGGCUCGGUAGCUAUCCUCCAGCGCCAUCUCUGUCUGGACCAGUCAGUGUAAAGCUGUUCCUCCCUGGGCUGCUCUCCCAGAAAGGCAUUUGUAAAUCUAGCUGGAGCCAGUACCUUUCCAAAACAGUCCCGCUCCUGUUGGAGAGCCUUCCUCCAGAGUCGCUGACGGAAAAAGUUCCUCUCUUCCCACUCGUUCUGUGCAGAACCAAGACCUUACAGCGGGGCCAGCGCCUCUGGCAUUCUCCAUCGGAACUCGGCCUCCAUGGUUACCGGUUACUGUGGAACAUCUCCUCUGUCAGCAGGAACCAUGUGGAAGAAGCAGGUCCCACCGCUGCCAACCAAUGUGACGGAUACCCUGGCUACCCCGACUGGUUAGCUCCGCAAAACGGGUCCUGCUUCCUCCCUGCCGACUGCAGCUAUGUAGCUGGCAAGUGACCACAGCCUGUAGCCACCCCUGAUGCCCGACAGCACCAUUACUCAGGGUCCCACCCUGUGGCAGACUCCGGCUACCCAGACUAGGUAGCUCUGCCAGAGGGUCGUCCUUCUGCCUGGAACAGGCUGCUAUGUAGCCCAGGAAAGUGAUUCUAGCAGGAGCCCACCCAAAUAACUAGACAGACUAGCAUUCAGGUGAAACAAGAACUGAUUUUAUAGAGAAACACACACAUCUUUUAUACACACAACUCCUCUUGAUAAGAUGCUGGACAAUGCCUCAAUUUUCCCGCGAUUCCCGCCCCUCCAGACAGGCUGGCAUCUCCAUAGAAGCCACAGACCCAGGGGUGGUGGUUUCGGGGUGAUCCCGGUGGAGCGGCGGGGUGUCAUUUUAAAGCUCUUGGUCCCCAGAUGCCACAGUCCAAAAAUCAGCAUGAUUCGUUACAGUCCGUUGAAGUUAUGGGGUUAGGGGUGUACAAAACCCCCGGUUCCCAAAGGAGCUCCCCUCCGGUAAUUCCCCCACCUCUUGUCCCCCCUAGGGGCUACUAUUCCCCAAAAGAGCAGAGCUCUGGGGCACAUGGUUGCUGGAGCGACCAGUGGUAAAGUUAACGUGUGUCCUGCUGUCCUGUGGCCGACCGGGAGUUCCAGGAGCCUGGCCAGCCUGAGAGGAGUUAGGUGGGUGUCCGUUGUGAGGUGGCCGACCGGGAGUUCUAGGAGCCCGGCCAGCCUUAGGAGGGUUUUCCUGGUCAUACACCAGCUCUUCACAAAACAAGCAAACAAAAGCUUCCAGAGAUUAUGGUUGCUCUGAGGAGCCCAAAACCACUGAGAAACGGGUGAGGUUGUAGGGGGGGGUGGGGGUAGCCUUAGCUGUCUGGUAUCCGUGACACCAAUCUUUUAAAUAAAUAUGACUUUAAUGUCCCUUUAAUUAAAACGCAUGAUUUCUGCAUGUCCAUCUAGUACUGCUGUAUACAAGUUCAUUGUUUACCUGGGGCUACUUCCACAGCUGUAUUGGUAGAUAAGGGCUGGCCUCCAAAACCAUAACAUGAGACACUGGCGUGAUAAAACAUGUUAAUGUCCCAAGGAUCAACGGGUGAUGCCCAUACUCAAGCCCUUGUGUGCUGGGGCUUAAUUCACUAACACAACAUCCUUUCUCUGCAGAAGGCUGUGAUGGCUUUAAUUGCUUGAUAUGAGUUACACAAGCUCUAAGGUCUUUAUUGCUGCUAUCACCUGCAAUGGACAAUUUAUCAUACUGAGUGUGGCAAUUGCACCCCGUUUAUUACAGACUUGUGACUACUGUGCAUAAGCCGUCUAUACAUAGUGGACACAAACCAUCUUGUUCAGCAAUAUCUGUAGCAGGGCCGGGAGUAGGGAUGUGACAUCAGGUGACAAAGAAGCUACUUAACCCAAGAAGUAUAUGGCGCGACCGUCUGUAGUACGGCGCUGCCGCUGUUUUUAUGGAUCACCACGGACUGGAGAGGGACUUCGCUUCAGUAAAGUACCAAGAUAGUGUUAUGGAAAAUAUCAAUAUUACAAAAUGCAAUCACUUAAUGUUUUUCAUUAAAGAAAGAAGAAAACCAAACUUGAACAAAACUGA